AGCUCCUUUUGCCUACAGCAUCCAUUGCUCUUCCUUCAAGAUGUCAGCCAUAUUUAACUUUGAGAGCCUUUUGCUCGUCGUACUGCUCUUGAUCUGCACUUGCUCCUACAUUCGAGCCCAAGCGCCAUCACUAAUGGACAGAAAUAAGACUGGAUUUUUGGGUUUUUUCUGGAAAGCAGCACGUAUCGGCGAGCGACUUAGCCCAUACGUUUCCUUGGCGUGCAUUAUUAUGGGUGUCCGUAUGAUGCUCUCAUAACCUUUUUUCGCUCGACCAAAUGACAACCCACUUAUUACAUCCUUUUUUCCUGUAAAAUAAAGCAAAAAUGAGAUUAGCUACCCUCUCCCUCUUCAUAUUCUCU